AUGUCCAGAUCUGCAGCAGUGUUGGGUGGUGUCAUGCCGUGCACGUUGCCUGUCCUGUUGGUCCGGUCCAUGACCCACAUUGCCCAGGUCUGUUUCUAUCCCAGGUCUGUUCUUAUCCCAGGUCUGUUUCUAUCCCAGGUCUGUUUCUAUCCCAGGUCUGUUCGUAUCCCAGGUCUGUUCUUAUCCCAGGUCUGUUUCUAUCCCAGGUCUGUUUCUAUCCCAGGUCUGUUUCUAUCCCAGGUCUGUUCUUAUCCCAGGUCUGUUCCUAUCCCAGGUCUGUUCGUAUCCCAGGUCUGUUCGUAUCCCAGGUCUGUUCUUAUCCCAGGUCUGUUCUUAUCCCAGGUCUGUUCCUAUCCCAGGUCUGUUUCUAUCCCAGGUCUGUUUCUAUCCCAGGUCUGUUCUUAUCCCAGGUCUGUUUCUAUCCCAGGUCUGUUCGUAUCCCAGGUCUGUUUCUAUCCCAGGUCUGUUUCUAUCCCAGGUCUGUUCUUAUCCCAGGUCUGUUCUUAUCCCAGGUCUGUUCUUAUCCCAGGUCUGUUCGUAUCCCAGGUCUGUUCUUAUCCCAGGUCUGUUCCUAUCCCAGGUCUGUUGGUAUCCCAGGUCUGUUCCUAUCCCAGGUCUGUUUCUAUCCCAGGUCUGUUUCUAUCCCAGGUCUGUUCUUAUCCCAGGUCUGUUCGUAUCCCAGGUCUGUUCUUAUCCCAGGUCUGUUCCUAUCCCAGGUCUGUUCCUAUCCCAGGUCUGUUCCUAUCCCAGGUCUGUUCCUAUCCCAGGUCUGUUCCUAUCCCAGGUCUGUUUACUUGGCAGUCCUGCUCCGUUUGGUGGGCAGGGCCUGUCGUGGUUCUGUGUGAUGGGUUCAUUGACUGGGAUAAUGAGGCCGUGUCCUCAGGUCUGCAGGCCGGCCUUCACUCCAUCAAUGCCACGCAGAUAACAACUCCUCAGCGAUUGUUUGAGGAGCUGAUAACGUUAUCGGUCGUCUCCGUGGGAGGACAGUUGUGCGGCUUUUGGCAGUUUUAAGUUGAAAUGUGACUUUUGACCCCGUUGUGCACAAAAACAGGCAGAGGGUUUUGUUGAAUGUCACACUGUUCUGUUUGGGUUUGGAUGUGAUGGAUUUAGCCGACCGAAACAGCCAGCAAGAAAACCACACCACCCAGAUUUAUGUCCAUGGAUUAUCCUGUUUACUUUAACCCAAAGUACCUUUAAUGCUUUUUAGAAGAGCCAACACAUUUCCAACUAGUCUGCACAAGUUCAGUUCUAGGUUUUUUAACCCAUAAAGACCCAGUGUUACUUUUACGGCAGUAAAAAAAAAAGAUUUUUUUGUGUUUAUUUAGGCUUUCUAAAGCGAUUU